UCCCUCCCUCCCCGCUCCGAUCCUCCCUCCCUCUCGGCUCCGUCGCUCCCGCGGCGAGAGGCGCUCUCGCUCCCCUCUCCGCCCCUCCCCCAGCGCAGCCGCCGCCGAGAGACCCCCGUGUAGCCCCCCCCUCGACCCCGCGUGCCCUCCGGCCCGGCGGCCCCGAGGAGAACGAGAGGGCGAGCUAACGCAGCGCUCCCGGGCGAGCCCGGCCCCCCUCUUACCGCCGCCAGCCCUCCGCCGCCUACCUCCGCUUCCACCUCUUCUCGCUAUCGGACUAGAGGCCCUCUGGGGGGAGGUCCCGGGCCGGGAGCGAAUUCCCCGAACUCCCUCAGCCCCUCCCCCGCCCGGCCCGAGUGUGAGAAGCAGGGCCCAGCCCGGCCCGAGUCGCGUGUGAGGAGGACCCGGGCGGGCCCACGGGCCGUCUGGGGCCUGGUCCGGCCCGCCGGGGUGUGAAGGCAGGGGCCCGGGGCGGCCCGGCCCGGCGCGAGCGGAGCGGAGCGGAGGGAGGGGCCUGCUCCGGCCCCGCGGGUUCGCGAGGACUGGGGCCCCGGCCCGGCACGGCCGCUGCCGCCGCGAUGGCCCAGCAGCAGAUGACCAGCUCGCAGAAGGCCCUGAUGCUGGAACUGAAAUCCCUGCAGGAGGAACCGGUGGAGGGCUUCCGGAUCACCCUGGUGGAUGAGUCCGACCUCUACAACUGGGAGGUGGCCAUCUUCGGACCCCCCAACACCCUCUACGAAGGCGGCUACUUCAAGAAUGGAGAUGUAUGCAUUUCGAUUCUUCAUCCACCUGUAGAUGACCCACAGAGUGGAGAACUGCCUUCUGAAAGGUGGAAUCCUACUCAGAAUGUGAGGACUAUCCUUUUAAGUGUAAUCUCACUACUUAAUGAGCCCAACACCUUCUCCCCAGCCAAUGUGGAUGCUUCGGUUAUGUUCAGGAAAUGGAGGGAUAGUAAAGGAAAAGACAAAGAAUAUGCUGAAAUCAUUAGGAAACAGGUCUCAGCCACUAAGGCCGAAGCAGAAAAGGACGGCGUGAAGGUCCCCACCACGCUGGCGGAAUACUGCAUCAAAACUAAAGUGCCUUCCAAUGACAACAGCUCUGACCUGCUAUACGAUGAUGACGUUGACGAUGAGGACGAGGAGGAGGAGGACGCCGACUGCUAUGACGAUGAUGACUCAGGCAACGAGGAGUCCUGACGCCCUCGCCAGCUGCCCCGCCGUCUCAGGCCAAAGGGAGGGGAGCGCCGGGGGCCUGGCACGGCCCCCCAGCAAAAACCUGUGCAGCAGGGGUGGGGAAACAAACACAGCUCUGCCGCCUCCCCGUGUGGAUCUCGGUUUGCUCCUUUCUAUGGACCUUUAAUGGAGAGAAAGUCACCCUCUGCAGAAUGUCUGAAUUCUUGCAUUCUUUGCCCUUCCAUCACUGUAUUGAUUCUUUUUUUUUAAGAAAAAAACCCAGACUCCAGCCUCACUUCGUCUUUACAAAAUGUUCACAGCAAAACACGUUUGGUCUGUUUUUAGAUUCCUGAAGAAUUAGUCUUAAGACAUUUAAUGUGUUUUAAAGCUGGGAACCCAUUGGGAGUUCUUAAGUGCUGCAUAUAUGGGGUAGCAAAAGAAAAUGGAAACAAAAUAACCCAAAAACUUUAAAAAAACAAAAACGCCUACUUGCCAAGGUUUAGCUGCUCAUUUCCUUAGUGUGUGCACAUCUGUUCAGCCCUUGGUGGUGAACUUUGUUUCUUUCCCGUAUGGCUGGGAUGCAGUGGGCAUCAGGGACUGACUGCUUGCUAAGCCUGACGUCACAUGUUCUUUCAGCCUCCACAAAUCUAACUUGGAGGUCUUAGCUACUCUGAGGAGAAAAAUCAAAUUUUGAUUUUUGGUUUUAUUUUUUUUAAUUGAUUGGGAUCUAAACUCAAAUAAAUAUUCAUACUUUCCAUAGAACUGAGCACUUGGUUGCUAUUUAUUUUAAAGGCAAGUUUCUUCCUCCGCCAGGCAGUGGGACAAAUGGGAGGAAGCAGAAAUUAUUCUGUGGAUUUUUAGUGGUAAGAACAAAUGGUUGAAAAACAUACCAGCUCUGGUUGACGCUGCUGAGGGAAAAAAAGUCAGAACUACUGGUGGCCACUGUUGGAGAGGAAACAUCUGUUUUAUGUAUUUAACAUGGCCUUCCCCUCAAAGAUACACCCUGAACAUGAGGUUUGGUUUGGUUUUUAAUUUAAGUAGCCACUUUUAAUUACUCAGUAUUAAUCCUAGGUGCAUGUGUUAAGAUUUUGUCAAUGAGCUGCUUAUACUGAUAGUGAUAAAUGUGGAUGUGUGAGACUUGAGUGACUGGUUCUUGCUUGCUUCUUGGAUGUGAUCUGGACUUUUUUUCCUUUCAGUAUAUUUAGACUACAAGAAGAAAUUUCCUUCAUUGGACCUGUCUUUUGGCAGAGCCAAGGGUAUUGAUUAUAGGCAGUUUCCAGGCCAGAUCAGGACUUCUGGCCUUACAGUUGCUGCAGGUUUGAUUCCCAGGUCUCAGUAGUGUGUUGUCUCCAUCUAGACUGAGAUCCAGCAGCCUUUACUUUACAGGGACUAUAGAAUUUGAAGGUGAUUUGUGUUAAUGGGGUGCAGAAAUUCAGUGUUCUUUGAGUGGGAAAAAACUAAUGUAAAAUCAAUUUCAGAAGGAAAAUACAGCAAAAACUGACUAUAGUCCUACUUAAGAUCCCUGUAUACAUGUCAUGUUUAGAUCAUAGCUCAGAAAGAACUAGAGGGCAGAUUAGGGACAGGGUUAGGACAGAUUCUAAGAUGGUCAGAGUAGGUGAUGCUUACUUCCUUAGCUCCUCCUUCCUUUCUGAUCUCAGGGUUUUCAUUUGCUCUUCAAAUGUUCCCAAACUUAAGCUAUUUCUCAGCAGCCAACUCUGGCCUAUAAAGUUUGGUCUGUUAUUAAAUGGGAAUUGGGACACUAUUUAGCCUGGUCCCAGAAUCUCUGUGUAAUCUCCACAGGGUUAGAGGGCUGCUGUUACGCCCUCAAUUCCGGAGAUUCAGGAAACAGCAGCUCUGUGUGAAGAUGCACUAUUAAGUUUUCUGAGUAUAAACUCUUAUAGAAUUUUGAAAUGAGCUAUUUGCUCCCCACACUUAAGUAAUGCUUUCAGAUAACCUGCAAACCUUCUGGAGCCAAAGCCUUUCACAAUGCUCUCUUGAUUUUUACCUCCCACUCCAGCGGCCCCAAUCACAAGUUUACAGCCAGUAGCUUGGUCUUAGCUCUUGGAGCCCUAAAAUGAAUCCUUUUGUUCUCUUUCUGCUAAAGCAUCUCACUCCCAGGGCAGAUCAGGCACCUUGGCACUAUGGGAGGUGCUGUGCUGUUCAGCUCUGUCCCAUUAGGCCUUCUGGCCUCAUUGCUUGUCGACUCAGGGAACCAGAGCGCCAAGUGAAGGUCAUACUUCUCAGCCCUUCCUUCAGGGCAUUACUGUUGUAAGCUGGGUUUGCCUCUGAUGAGAGUACAAUCGGUUCCAGAAGCUUAAGCUAUUUUGAUGGUGGCAGGUACUGAUAGUUUAGCCUCAUGUAUAAAACCCAGAUGCUGGUUCCAACGCCUGUCUCUGAAAAUAUAUCCUGUGGAGAAAUUCUUGAGUAAGGCUUUUUGGUUUGUCCCCCAACUCCCCACCCCGCGCUUUGGAGUGGAUGGAGGUCUCAGGCUCAUGCCAGAACCUUGUGAGUAUAGUUGUGAUUAUUUGGUGUGACAGUAACUUAAAACCCUGCAUUUUUAGAUUUCUUGAUUCUAAUUGAAGCCUCACUGAAAUUGGUCUUCAAUUCCAUAUAUUCUGAGGCUGAGUGGAGAAAGUAAAAUAUCAUGAUUUUGUUGCUUGAGUCUCCCUGCCCCACCCCUUUUCUUACCAUUCCAGAGUUCUUUUCUACUAGCCAAACUUUUUUGUAGUCUUUCUCCUGGCAAUUACUUGCUUCUUUACUUGCUGGUUUCCUUGUGUUUGGGGCAUAUGUAGUAGGAGAUUUGAAGGGGAAAACGUAUAGUCUCUGCUGGAAAUUCUUAACCCUCCCCAUCCUGACAAAAAGGUUUACAUUUACAACUAAAGAUUCAGAUGCAAUUUUCAACUAUUUUGAAACCAGCAGGACACACCUGACUUUAAUAGCUUUCUUAGCUGAAGUUGUAGAUGUUUUUCUUCAGUUUAACUUAUAAGAAAAAAAUUAUCUGAUGCAUUUUGUGUUGACAUCCCCUUUAGUGUUUUAUUUUGUCUUUUUCUGCCCAUCUGUCUACUAAUAAAAUGUGAAAUAAAAUAUACCUGUAUUGAUA